CCAAGGUAGCAUGCAGCAGUGGAGGGAGGAUGCUGCUGGGAGGAGCGCCGUGCAGCAGAGGAGGGAAGACGCUGCUGGGAGGAGCGCCGUGCAGCAGAGGAAGGAGGAUGGAGGGCAGCUGGCCCCACGCAGAGUGUGCCGGUGUUGCCGUGGCUGGAAGCAGAGUGUGCCGAUGCUGCCGUGGCUGGAAGCAGAGUGUGCCGAUGCUGCCAUGGCUGGAAGCAGAGUGUGCCGAUGCUGCCGUGGCUGGAAGCAGAGUGUGCCGAUGCUGCCGUGGCUGGAAGCAGAGUGUGCCGAUGCUGCCGUGGCUGGAAGCAGAGUGUGCCGAUGCUGCCGUGGCUGGAAGCAGAGUGUGCCGAUGCUGCCGUGGCUGGAAGCAGAGUGUGCCGAUGCUGCCGUGGCUGGAAGAAGAGUGUGCCGAUGCUGCCAUGGCUGGAAGCAGAGUGUGCCGAUGCUGCCGUGGCUGGAAGCAGAGUGUGCCGAUGCUGCCGUAGCUGGAAGCAGAGUGUGCCGAUGCUGCCGUAGCUGGAAGCAGAGUGUGCCGAUGCUGCCGUGGCUGGAAGCAGAGUGUGCCGAUGCUGCCAUGGCUGGAAGCAGAGUGUGCCGGUGCUGCCAUGGCUGGAAGCAGAGUGUGCCGGUGCUGCCAUGGCUGGAAGCAGAGUGUGCCGAUGCUGCCGUGGCUGGAAGCAGAGUGUGCCGGUGCUGCCAUGGCUGGAAGCAGAGUGUGCCGGUGCUCCCCACACCCUUUAAGAGCGCAGAGCAGCAGAGUGUGGAGGAUGGGAGGCAACUGCCCCACACUCUUUGAGAUGGCAUGUAACUCACCCAUGAGGUGAUGGGGUGAUGAGGGGGUGGAGGAGAAGGGGAGGAUGCAGCUGAAUCAACAGGUUCCUCGGAUUCCGAAGCAGAGGGGCAUGCUGAAGCAGAGGAGCAUGCCGAAGCAGAGGAGCAUGCCGAAGCAAGAGGAGCAUGCUGAAGCAGAGGAGCAUGCUGAAUCAGGGGAGCAUGCUGAAGCAGAGGAGCAUGCUGAAGCAGAGGGGAAUUUGAAGCAGGGGGGAUGUUUUUAGCAGAUGGGUGGCAGAAGCAGAAGGGCAAAGCUGAAGCAGAGAAUGCAGGUGAAGCAGAGAGGGAGGGGGGAGCUGAAGCAGAGUGGAAGUUGAAUGAGGGGGAAAGAGGGGAUCCAGCUGAAACAGUGGUGGAUGCUGGAGGCGAGGGGGAAGCUGAAGGUGAGGGUGGAAGGGUAGGAGAGGUGUGGGAGGAGGGAUGGACGGUGUCAGGGAGUGGGAGGUGGAAGAGUGGAGGGGCGGAGGGGGGCGGAGGGGGGUGGCAAAACUAUACCAUCAUAGCAAUACCAUACAUCCUAGCCAUUCGCAUGGCAAAAGUAUGCAUCCUAGCCAUUAUUUUGGCAAAAGUAUACAUCAUAGCCAUUAUCAUGGCAAAACCAUGCAUCCUAGCCACUAUCAUGGCAAACAUAUGUCCCAACCAUUGCUGGGGGAACCGAAUCCCCCACCACCAAUGGCUUGGGAAACUACCUCUUCCCUACUUCUUGGUUUUUCACCAUGCAUCCCAGCCACUGCUUGGGAUAUGCCUGUUUUCUAACCCUUACCAGGGGAACUAUCUAUCCUAACCACUGCUUCGGGACCAAUCCCCAACCAGUGGCUUGGGAAAUACGUGUUUCCUACUUCUUGCUUUGGGCUAUACAUAUUUUCCAGCCAUUGGUUCGGGAAACCGGGUUUCCUGGCCACUGGUUGGAUGAACUACUUGGAAACUACUACUAUCUCUCUGUUGCGGGAACCAUCUGUCGCAGCCACUCACCCGGGAAACUGCAUCUCCCGGCCAGUGGUUUCGAACAUGGCUGCUGCCUAAUGUUUUGGGACUCCGGUCCCUGCCUUGUUUUGGCCAUGUGUUUACCGGGCGGCGGUCCCCCACCUCCUAGUGGUGUCCGGGUGUAACGCUAGGGGCAGUGCUAACACCCCUAGCGGGCAAGAGGGGUCCAGAUUUUUAUUGUAUGGUAGCAAUACUGGGCUAUACAAGUCCGCUUUAUUUUUGCAGCGUUAUGCAGUAUGGUUAUGCUUUGUUUAAUUGUGCUGAUCAUUUUGCAUUAAACAUAUUGUUUUUGU